UCUCUAAUUUGAUUUACUCUGAAGUAAUUCUCCACCCUUGCAACAUAGAAAUUCCAUCUCUCUGGGUGUGAGACAUCAAAAUCAGACAAUCUUCGACAUCAUACUAUUACUACCUUCACCACUCGCUCCUCUGCAAACUUCUGUUUGGGGAAAGGUUCUUUUAGCUGAGCUCACCCUCCAGCGACGCUAUACUGGCAGGCUGGGAUGCUGAUUCAGAUGCCGUCUUCCCUCUUCAGAACUUCCUGGGUAAGUCUUAAAACUUCCUCUUUAGUUUGCAAAGGAUCCCACCUUUGUCACCAGUGUUCAUGUGCGAAUGAUGAAUACUCAUGGCAAAGUUAAACAGUUCUUUAUUUUCUUACAGCAACACCCGGCAAAAGACAAAGGGCUCGCAGGCCCCUUUUUAUGGCCAGAACUUAUGCAAAGACAAGUAACAGUAACAGCGUUUUCGCGCCUUGCACUUGCGCACAAGGUCAUUGCUGCUCUUCUGGUCCCAGGCAGCUUUUGGAAUGCCCGGGACCAUUGCUACGUCCCGAGCCUGCUUUUGCAGGCUUAGGAUACAACAGAGUGCAAACAAGAAAGAAUGAGCAAUGGCUGGGUUAUACACAAAAGAUUAUAUUUUGAUCCCUUCAUUUAUUUUUAUGAAAACUAUUUAGAGCCAGUAUUUAAGGUAUAAACAUAUAGUCAAAGUGCAGCCAUAUUUAACCUUGCUAAAAUGAUGACAUACACAACUUUUGAUUUGAAGCAGGCUCCUAUUGUGAGCUGAGUUGGUUGAAUGUCACAAACAUGAAAAGAGAAAGAUAAAGAUAAAACAACGGUGAAUUAUUAAUUGUACAGCUGCAGUGUCUAAUAAUUUUACUAGUGGUUGGAAAGCAUGUGACUAGAUUGAACCUAUCAACUGGGUCUGGAAAGGAAGGACGUGGCAUGUUCUUGGGACAGGCAUAAAGGUUUAUACUGAACUAAUUUGGGUGUGGUCUCUGGGAUUGUAUUUGCCAAGAUCCACCAGCCUUUGCAAACACUUCAAUAAAACUUGUUUUGUUUUCCAACAUCUUUGAAGUGGAAUUUAUUUUAUUCCUCACAGUUCUAAAAGGGUUAACAUUAAAAGCCACAAACACAGCUUUUUUCUACUGCUACCCCUUCCCAGGAACAUCAUCUCCCUUAAAAUCAGAUGAUUACCAAGGAUAUUUGGAUAGAAUUGAAAUUUGGAUUUCCUCUCUGCAAUAAGUGAAGUAGCAAAUUAUUGACUCAAAAAUACUUAAAUCCAAGUUAGUUACUAUUUAGAAUCAAACCAAUAUUGUGGCAAAGAUGCAACAAAAUGGGGUACUUUAUAGCUCUUUCAUUACUAUAUUAAAUUGGAGCAAUCCUAAUUAUUUUCAUUCUAGAGCUAAAGCUUUGCAACGCUAUGGUUCCAAAUAUAUUUCCUGUUUAUUUUCUCUCUGAUUUCACUGUUCCCAAAUUCUUUGUCUGUAUAUUUGCACUCAGGUAAACAUUUAAUAAAAUAUACUGCAAUUCAGAAAUGUUAGUCUUUUAAAGGGCUUUGAUAUACUUUGCUAUUCUUUCUUAUUCUGUGGUUUUUGCAAAGCCCAUUUGGCAAGUAUAAUUGGAACAAUGGCCAUGCUGCGGGGAAAAGGCCAUUUGGAUAGGAAGCAGAUCUUUCUGAGAUUCAGGAAGCUUGUUAACAGAAGUACAUUAGUGUGCCUGGCUGUCUGAGCUGCUCUUCCUAUCCGCAGUACAGAGCCCUUUUUUCAAGACUGGAUGAGGGAGAGGAGUUGUUUAUCUAUUCACUUCUACUAUGCAAAAUCUGAAUGUGAGAUCUUUCAAUAUAAAUACAAAAGGAGUAAAAGUACACCCCUGAGGAGGCAAUUGAAGGGUCUAUUGAUUUCAUGCCAUAUUCUAUGCACUCUGCCUGGAAAGAAGAUUUGUUUACAAAACCUGCUGAUGCAUUGAAAGAAAGCAGCGGAUCAUGAAGGAGAAAUGGCACGGGGCUGGAGGUCAGGAAAAAUGAAGAACUGAUUCAUUACAGCAUAUUGUGAUUAAUAUAAAGAGGUGCAGUUGGAUCGCUAUCAGCUAAAGAAUUCAUCCAGAAUGAGGAUAAUUUAAACCAGCAAUUCAGCCUUUACUUUACUGAGUCAUGGGAUGUGGCAGUUCUAGUACAAAAAGCCAAACAAGUAAAUCAGAAAAAGCUAUUAAAGCAGCUAUCCUUAUUCAAAGAUGGUAUCGGUCUUACAUGGCCCAGCUAGAAAUGAGGCGUCGAUAUUCCCUGACUAUUUUCCAAUCAAUUGAAUAUGCAGAUGAACAAGCACAAAUGCAGCUCUCCAAAUUCUUCACGUUUAUGCUGGACCAUUUUACUCAGACCAGUAAGACAGAUCCAGAAAUCAGCUCCCACUUUUUCUCUGCUAGUAGUGAUUUUGAUGCCAUAUCAAUCUCAGAUCAUGCCAUGACAGAGUACGAAAGAAUAAUACAAGUACCAACCUCUUAUCCCGGGCCUCACCUUUCUUUUCCUCUCACUGUCACUGAUACUGAAGUACUUCUUCAGGCUUUCAAAGAUCAACAGCAGCUACAUGCUCGGUAUGUGCUUCAGCUGUUUCAUGAGACCAGGAAAGUCCUUCAACAAAUGCCAAACAUCACUCAUCUCUCAACUUCUUAUGCCAAAGAAGUAACCAUCUGUGGUGAUUUACAUGGAAAGUUAGACGAUCUUCUGCUGAUAUUCUACAAAAAUGGCCUUCCUUCAGAAGAAAACCCUUACGUUUUUAACGGUGAUUUUGUUGACAGAGGGAACAAUUCCAUGGAAAUACUUAUAAUCCUGUUUGCAUUUCUCCUUGUUUACCCUAACCAUUUACAUCUGAACAGAGGGAAUCAUGAGGACUACCUGAUGAAUCUUAGAUAUGGUUUCACAAAAGAAAUUAUGAAGAAGUAUAAGACCUAUGGGAAACCAAUUUUGCAUUUUCUACAAGAUGUCUACAGCUGGCUUCCUCUUGCUACUAUUAUUGACAAUCAAAUUCUUAUUUUACAUGGUGGAAUAUCAGAUACUACAGAUUUGAAUUUCCUAAAUUCAUUUCACAGAAACAAGUUGAAGUCUUUGCUGAGGCCAGUGAAGUCAAAUAGGGAAGCAAUCCAGGAGCCACAGAGAACAAAUCUUGUGAAAAACAGUAUCAACCUCACAGAAACAAAAAAAUGCAAUUCUGGGCAAGACAUAUCCAAGAAAAAUGUAAUAAAGUCUACAUUAGCAUCCUGUGAGAGAAGACAAUAUGGCAAGGAAACGAGUGAUGUUAAAGGCAAUCUUGAUGGCACCCAUGACAGAACCAGUUCUAGCCCAUUUCAGAAUGCACAGUGUCUCAAGCCUUACAACUUGACUAUCACAAAUACAGCUCCAGAAUUAACAGCAAAAGAAAAGGAACAAGUGAUGGAUAUUCUCUGGAGUGAUCCUAAGCAUCAGAAUGGUUGUUCACCAAAUAAAAUUCGAGGAGGAGGUUGUUACUUUGGUCCAGAUAUUACUGCCAGAUUGCUGCAGCGUUAUAAUUUGAAAUUGCUCAUCAGGUCUCACCAAUGCAAACAGGAAGGUUAUGAGAUCGGUCAUAAUGGAAAGGUCAUCACGAUUUUUUCCGCCUCAAACUACUAUGAAGAAGGAAGCAAUCGUGGGGCCUAUAUCAAAUUAAAUCCAGAUUUGAUUCCUCGUUUUGUUCAGUAUCAAGUUAGCAAAUCUACACGUAAGCAGACACUUCAUCAAAGAGUGACUGCCAUUGAGCUUUCUGCUUUAAAGUGUUUGCAAGAGAAACUUUAUACCCACAAAUCAGACCUCAUUGCAGCUUUUACCCAGUAUGAUCCAAUUUGCACAGGAAGGAUUUCUCUUAGCCAAUGGGCUUCUGCCAUGGAAUCGGUUCUGCAUCUUGACCUACCCUGGAGAACUCUCCGUUCUCGACUAGUUUGCCUGGCUCUGGAUGGAAGUGUGGAAUAUCUUUCGUGUUUUGACAAUUUAGAAAUCAUACUACCCAUCAAAGAGGUUCAACCAUAUUUGGCGGAAACUCUGUGUAGAUACAAAGCUGAUUUGGAGAUUAUCUUUAAUAUGAUUGACCAAGACCAUUCUGGCCUUAUUUCUGCUGAUGAAUUCCGCCAAACAUGGAAACUCUUUAAUGCACAUGUGAAGAAUGAUGUGAGUGAUGAAUCCAUUGACAGUUUAGUUCGCACCAUGGAUUUUAAUAAAGACGGUAGCAUUGACUUCAAUGAAUUUCUGGAGGCUUUCCAUGUGGGAGAGGAGAAAGGAGAAACAACCUCAAAAUCAAAUACAUGGAGCGUAUUGCCAGAAUACUGUCAGAACACAACCAUCUCAUCACUGCAAGCAAAACCAAGCAAUCUCAUUUGUGUCAGAAAAAUAUGGAAAUUUCACAUGGAAUCAUUUAGGCUAAGGAGUUCUUGGACUUACUAGGUUUGAUUCCUGUUACAGAACAAAAUUGAAUUCUGUCAAGUUCUGACAGGCCUAUUAAACUGAUUCCAGGAUUUUCAAAUCUUCUCACACAAUUAUAUUACCAAGACAAGAAAGAUGCCAAAGCGCAACACUGUUUUUAGUUCUUUUUUUUUUUGCAAGUGUACAAAUAAACUAGCACCCUGGUAUAUAAUAGCUGGAAAUUACUUUUGCCCCUUGGUGGAUUCCUGCUCCAUCUAAAGUAUGAUUGGUUGAAAAGAAACAGGCAUAGAGUGUACCUUAUGUACAUUGCUACUCUAUUUAGGAAAGAGGCAACAGACAUCAGUGGGUCAGGAAGGGUAGACAGAUAUACUUCUAGCAAGAAGCUGCUCACUUCUUUUUUUUUUUUUAAGUUAAAAUGGAGUUACAAAAGAAAAAAUACAGAAACCAUUUAAAAUUGUAAACAGUGACAUUGCAUUUGGACAUUUUUUGAGCAGAGUCCUGUCUAUUGCUUACAAGACAGGAGUAGUAUGCCCAGGUAUAAUAUUCAUCUAGAAAUACUUGGCACCUUCAAAAAUAUUUUUUAAAAGAAGUGGACCAGAUUUCUUUCUUUCUUUCUUUUCUUUUUUUUGUGUGCUAGUAUUGUGAGAAAUUUGAGGGUUCUUUAACUCAUACGAUUGGUCUUUUCUAGCUAUAGAUUAGUUUUGAUUUCAAAUCAUAAAGCAUAUUAAGAUCAUUUUGGAAAUAAAUAUACUAUUUAAAGAUAUAAGAUAGUAAACUAUAUUUCUAACAUACAGAAUUUCUAUUUUAUGUAGAACUUUGGCUCUAUUGAGCCUACAGCUUGACAAAGUGGAUAAUCUAAUAUAAAUGGAAGGAUACCUAUUUCUCUGACACUAAGGAAGUGAUUCAGGAUAACAGACAGUUAUAUUUUUUUAAAGCCUUUACCUUCUGAAAAUAAUUAGAUGAAGCAAUGUUUCCACAUAAGCUUAAGGAUUAAGUUAAUUCUGUAUUGAUUCUAAAUGGAUACUACUGGAUCUUCUUUUUUUCUUUAAUUUUUUUCCUUUUUUGUAUAUUCAUUAUAUAUAGUAUAUUUUCACUGUCACAAUAUACAUAGAUUCUUCCUUAUUGUCCAUCCAUUGCUAUGUUUUCCCCUUUCCCUUGAUAUUAUAAUGGUUUGUAUUUUACUAGUAUUUUACUAGCAUUAAAAAUGCUUCUAUUAAUGUGGAAUAAUAAACAAUCACUAGAAUAAUGAUGUGUGUGCAUAAUUACUGGAAUAAUGCUGUGUUAGUAGUAUGUGACUAACCUAAUGUGCAUUGCACUUGGA